GUCGUCAGGACUGAUGCCUUAAUGCUUAAACCCACUUCGCAAGAAAAGUCUCUGUAAAGUGUGUCUGUCCUCGUCCUCGCUACUUAAAUUCGCACUUGACUAGAAAAGUAAAGUUAUCUCUGGAGCUCCGGUCACCACCACCACCGCCGUGAUCGCUUCCAUGGACGGCGGUGAUCCUAAGAAUGACAUCUCUCAGGCCGUUUCGGUCACUGGGCGAUUUUCAACUCUCUCUUUGAACGGUGAUGAGGAGUCCAGUAGUAGAGAUUGGAGGACUUCCAAAGACCCGAGACAAAUUGCUAGAAAGUAUCAGACAGAUCUCUGCAAGAAAGCUAUUGAUGAGAAUAUCAUUGUUUGUCUCGAAACGGGAUGUGGGAAGACCCACAUUGCUGUGCUGCUUAUCUAUGAGAUGGGUCACUUGAUCAAGAAACCUCAGAAGAACAUAUGUGUCUUUUUAGCACCAACGGUAGCUCUGGUUCAACAGCAAGCCAAGGUCAUACAAGACUCCAUUGAUUUUAACGUUGGGACCUAUUGUGGGAAUUCUAAGUUGAAGAGCCAUCGUGACUGGGUAAAUGAGAUGGAAAAAUACGAGGUUCUUGUUAUGACCCCUCAGAUACUACUACAUAAUUUAAGCCACCGUUUCAUUAUGAUUGAGCUAAUUGCACUUCUGAUAUUUGACGAGUGUCAUCAUGCCCAGCUUGAAAGCAAUCAUCCUUAUGCAGAAAUCAUGAAGGUUUUCUAUAAAAGUGAUGUCAUAACACUUCCUCGUGUAUUUGGCAUGACUGCAUCUCCAAAGUUAGGAAAAGUCAUGUUGCUAUGUUACUAUAUAUCAGGUGGUUCCAUCAACAGUCUUGAAACCUUACUUCAUGCUAAGGUUUACACUGUUGAAGACAAGGAAGAGUUGGAACAAUUUGUGGCAUCUCCAAAAGUUAAAAUAUAUCGUUAUGGACCGGUUAUAAACAAUUCAUCUUGCCCUCAUAUGAUUUGCUAUAGGACAAAACUUGAGGAGAUAAAACACCAUUGUGUCUCUAUGUUGAGCAUGAAGACUGAUGAACAUAGUCGUCUUCAGAGCAUAAAAAAAUCGCUUCGCAAACUGCAUAGUAAUCUGAUAUUUUGUAUGGAGACUAUCGGCUUAUGGGGAACGUUACAUGCUAGCCGCAUCCUUUUAAAGGGAGAUCACUCUAAAAGAAAUGAAUUGAUAGAGGUAGAAGGAAAUGGUGGUGAUGAAUCUUUGUCUGAUAGAUAUCUGAAUCAGGCUGCCUCAAUGUUUUCUUGUGGAUGCAUGAAAGAUGGCACUGAAGCUGAUUUAUCCAGUGUGGAGGAUUUAAAGGAACCGUUUUUCUCAAGAAAGCUUUUUCAACUUAUUGGAAUUCUUUCCAAAUUUAGGUUACAACCAAAUAUGAAAUGUAUAAUUUUUGUAAAUAGGAUUGUAAUUGCGAGAUCCUUGUCGUACAUACUUCAGAACCUUAAGUUUCUAUCAACUUGGAAGUGUGAUUUCCUUGUAGGAGUCCACUCUGGACUAAAGAGUAUGUCACGGAAAAACAUGAAUAUUAUUCUUGAGAAGUUCCGGUCGGGCGAGCUGAAUUUAUUAGUUGCAACUAAAGUGGGCGAGGAAGGACUCGAUAUUCAAACAUGCUGCCUUGUAAUACGGUUUGAUCUUCCAGAAACUGUCUCUAGUUUUAUACAGUCUAGGGGCCGUGCACGCAUGCCUCAAUCUGAGUAUGCAUUUUUGGUGGACAGUGGCAACCAGAAGGAGCUGAAUCUGAUAAACAAGUUUAAAAAGGAGGAAAAUCAAAUGAACAAGGAAAUUGCAUCUAGAGAGUCUAGCACAACAUUUGUUGAUUUUGAAGAAAGGACCUAUAAAGUAGAUUCAACUGGUGCCAUCAUCAGUUCAGGAUCUAGUAUUUCAUUACUCCACCAUUAUUGUUCAAAACUUCCGCAUGAUGAAUACUUCAAACCCAAACCAGAGUUUUAUUACUAUGAUGAUGUAGAAGGAACAAUCUGCAACAUAUUUCUCCCUUCCAAUGCUCCAGCUCAUCAAAUUGUGAGUUCACCACAAUCUUCAAUAGAAGCAGCUAAGAAAGAUGCCUGCUUGAAAGCCUGCAAAGAACUACAUGAACUAGGUGCCUUGACCGACUACCUCUUGCCAGAUCACGAUGAUGGAAAUGAGGGAUCGGUACAAGACUCUUCUGAUUCAGACAGCUGUGAUGAUGAGGAGGAUUCAAGAAGAGAACUACAUGAGAUGCUUGUUCCUGCUGCACUUAAAGAAUCAUGGACUUACUUGGGGAAUCCUGUUUGUCUUUACUCUUAUUUUAUAAAGUUUAUUCCUCGUCCAGAGGAUAGGCUUUAUAAGAAGUUUGGUCUUUUUGUGAAAGCACCUCUCCCAGCAGAUGCUGAGCAGAUGAAACUUGAUCUUCGUUUGGCUCGUGGUAGAAAAGUUUUGACUAAGCUUGUCCCAUCAGGAGUUGCAAAUUUUGACAAAGAUGAGAUUCUACAGGCACAAAAUUUUCAACAUGUGUGGCUCAAGGUCAUCCUUGAUAGAGCUGAUCUCAUUCCUGAAUUUGUUUCUUUGGAGAAGAUUAAUUUGUGUAACUCAAGUUCAUCAACCUACUACCUUUUGCUUCCUGUCAUUCUGCAUGAACAUGAAAACACAAUAUCUGUAGACUGGAAGCUUGUCAGAAGAUGCUUAUCAUCGCCAAUUUUCAGGAAUCCAGAGGAAGCUGGAGAAGUCAGUCUGCAUUUGAAUAAUCAUUUGCAACUUGCUAAUGGUCCCAAAAGCAUAGAUGAUGUUGUAAAUAGUUUAGUAUAUGCUCGAUGCAAGGAUGCUUUUUUCUUUAUUUCUGAUGUUCUUCCGGAGAAGAAUGGGUACAGCACAUGUAAAGAGUCAACAAAUCAUAUAGAGCACUAUACUAAAAUCUUUGGGAUUCAUCUUUUAUACCCUAAUCAGCCUCUUCUGAAAGCAAAACAACUUUUUUGUUUGGAUAAUUUACUACGGAAGAAGGGGAAAUCAGAAUCGCGUGAAAAAGAGGAGCACUUUAUCGAAUUACCCCCUGAGAUUUGUCAGUUGAAGAUAGUUGGCUUUUCUAAAGACAUCGGAAGUUCACUGUCUUUAUUACCGUCACUUAUGCAUCGCCUAGAAAGCUUGCUUGUGGCAAUAGAAUUGAAGCAGAGAUUCUGUGCUUCGUUUCCUGAGGGAGCUGAAGUUACUUCCUAUCGUGUUCUCGAAGCACUUACAACGGAGAAAUGCAAUGAGUGCUUUUCUCUUGAAAGGCUUGAAGUGCUAGGUGAUGCUUUCCUCAAGUUUGCAGUUGGCCGGCGCCUUUUUCUUUUACACAAUACCCUUGAUGAAGGACAACUUACGAGAAAACGUUCUAACAUUGUAAAUAAUUCCAAUUUAUUCAAGCUGGCUACAAUGAGCAAGUUACAGGUAUACAUACGUGAUCAACCAUUUGAUCCCUGCCAUUUCUUUGCCUUGGGUCGUCCUUGCCCAGUAAUAUGUAGAAAGGAAACAGAAACUAUUAUACAUUCUCCACAUGGAAGCAAUGUGACAAAUGGUGCAAGUUCUGACGUUAGAUGCAACAAAAGUCACCACUGGUUGUAUAAAAAAACCAUAGCAGAUGUGGUUGAGGCUCUUGUUGGAGCAUUUAUUGUUGACAGUGGCUUCAAAGCAGCAACAUCAUUUCUUAAAUGGAUUGGCAUACGAGUGGAUUUUGAGGCAUCACAAAUUAACAAUAUCUGUUCUGAAAGUGCAAUGUUUGUGUCACUUACUUCUCAAAUAGAUAUUGCUUCCCUGGAAAUUUUGUUAGGGUAUCGUUUUCUCCAUAAAGGUUUGCUUGUACAAGCGUUUGUUCAUCCUUCUUACAACAAUCAUUGGGGAUGCUAUCAGAGACUGGAGUUUCUUGGAGAUGCUGUGUUGGAUUAUUUAAUAACAUCCUAUCUGCUUUCUGUGUAUCCAAAACUGAAGCCUGGUCAGAUAACAGAUUUGAGAUCUGUAUCUGUAAACAAUAACUCCUUUGCCGACAUUGCAGUACGUCGGUCCUUCCACAAAUUUAUUAUCUGCAAUUCUAGUGGCCUCUGUGAGUCUAUGGAUGAGUAUGCCAACUUCAUUAAACCCGAUGCAUCAGAGAAGGGUCUGGCUGAAGGACCAAAGUGUCCAAAGGCUCUAGGUGACUUGGUGGAGUCUUGUGUUGGUGCCAUUCUUCUUGACACGGGAUUUGAUUUAAAUCUCAUUUGGAAGAUAAUGCUCUCCUUUUUGGAUCCAGUAAUGAGCUUUUCCAACUUGCAGCUUAAUCCUAUAAGGGAACUUCAGGAACUUUGUCAAUCCUGUAAUUUAAAUCUGCAGUUUCCAACGUUAAAGAAGGAUGGAACAUACUUAGUUGAAUCAAAAGUGAACAAAGAAGAUUUUUGUGCAAGUGCUUCUGCUACAAACAUCAACAGAAAAGCUGCCAAAAGAAUGGCUGCUCAACGAAUAUUUGCGAGGUUGAAGGCUCAAGGUUACAAACCAAAGUUUAUAUCAUUGGAAGAGGUUUUAAAGUCAAGCCGCAGGAUGGAAGCUAAGCUAAUUGGAUAUGAUGAAACACCAGCAGAUGUUAUUGCUCCAGAUUCCAUUAACAUGAAGUUGCUGGAACCUUCUAGAAAUCGUUAUAACCUCCGAGUGGACCACAUGGAAGAAGUUUCUACAGGAAUUCGUACUAACAGCAUCAAUUCCGUAAGACAGCCCCUGUCUCCAUCCAAGGCACCAGUGUCGCAGCGUACCCAGCCCAUUGAAAAUAAUAACUGCAACUCUGACUCACCAACCACAGGUGGUUCACAUAAGGGAUCAGCAAAGUCACGUUUGUACGAAACCUGUGCUACUAAUUGUUGGAAACCUCCUUUGUUUGAAUGUUGGAAAGAGAUGGGACCAUGCCACUUGAAAGAAUUCACUUUCAAGGUGGUCGUGGAAAUUGAAGAAGCCUCCAAUAUGAUUUUGGAGUGUUAUGGAGAACCUCGGGCAAAAAAGAAAGAUGCUGCUGAGCAUGCAGCUGAAGGGGCACUGUGGUACUUAAAGCAUGUAGGAUACUUGCCUGAGAUUAGGUGAAAGCAAGAUAUCCUAUAGUCCAUUAGCGUGAAGGUGAAGGAUCAUUAGCUCAGUCAUUUGUGCAUGUAAUUAUUUGUAAUCACACAUAUGCUUGUGAUAUGAACGCAAGCAUAUCUGUAUUAUAAUUGUAGAUCUGUAGAUGGUUACUGCCAUCAUGACUCAUUUCAUGAACCCUGAGUCAGUUCAUGGGCUAAAUGUAGAAUGUGAUGGCCCUGGGGUGUAAAUUGAGGCAGUCAGAAAUGAAUUUUUGAAUGAAAAAAGAAUUGAAAUUGCUGGCCAA